AGAAGCGCUGGGUUCACAUCCUCACACCUCCCGCCGAACCGAAAGCACAUGAAAUAACUGAUGACCCGCGCGCUCCUUCAUCUCUCCCGCAUUAGAAUGACGGAGUGUGACGCGCGCGUCCGGAUCGCGGGUGUGUUUCUCGAGCUCUGCGUGUAUCCGAAGGGACUUCAGCUCUCCAUCUCAGUCUGAGAUCGCGCUCUGCUCCUGCCGGCAACUUCUCCUCACCUCUGAGAACGGACACAACAUUGACUCUCUCUUGGACUAAGAGUGCGCUCGCGACUUGUGUGGAUGAGAAGCUCCUGCUGAAGUUGAUAAAUAUGUGUGUGUGUUUCAUGUGUUAGAAUGAACCCUUAAAACACCGACUGUGUGAUUUUUGUCUCUCCGACGGCGCAGUCCACAAUUAUUGACCGUAGUGCGGACAUUCACACCACUGACAGAAGAUCGUGGACAUCUCAACACUUGCUCUGACAUCAGCUGUGUCGAGAAGAGCCGAGCCACAGAUGUGAAUGAAAGUGAUCUGAAGAAAGAGGAAUAUACGUGUCCAAGAGUGCUGUAGUGAUGCUGCAAGUGGAAAUGAUCAUAUUCGUGGGUGUGAUUCUGUGGAUGUGUGUAUUUAGUCAAGAGCCCAGCUCAAAGGUGAUGGCUGAUCGAUACGCGGUCUACUGGAACCGAACCAACCCUAGGUUUCAACGUGGAGACUAUCACAUUGACGUCUGUAUAAACGAUUACCUGGACGUGUACUGUCCGCACUACGAGGACUCGGUGCCUGAGGAGAGAGCGGAGCGCUACGUCCUCUACAUGGUCAACUACGACGGCUACAGCACGUGUGACCACACCGCCAAGGGCUUCAAGCGCUGGGAGUGCAACCGGCCGCACUCGCCCAACGGCCCGCUCAAGUUCUCCGAGAAGUUCCAGCUCUUCACGCCCUUCUCGCUGGGAUUCGAGUUUCGACCGGGAAGAGAGUACUACUACAUAUCAUCCAUGAUCACAGAAACCGGGAGAAGGUCGUGUCUCAAGCUGAAAGUGUUUGUGAGACCACCAAAUGGCUGCGAGAAAACCAUAGGCGUUCAUGACCGCGUUUUUGUCGAUGACAAAGUAGACAAUGCAUUAGAACCAAGAGACGACACCAGUCACGAGGCCGAACCCUCCCGGAGUGACGUGUCCACUUCAGGCCUGCGGCACCAAACGUCACGCCCCCUGCUGGCCCUCCUGCUGCUCUGCAUCUCUGUGUUCCUCACCUUAUAGCCCCUCACCUGCCCCCGAACCAGCCCUCCAGAAACCCAACACAUCUGCGCGCGAGCGGACCGGCGCCAGGGAGGCGAGAGGGCUUUGAGAUUCACCAGGAACACUUCUGCUCCGCUUUUGUUUUGUUUUCCAAAUAUUUAAGUGGUCUUUCGCUGUCUUUGAUUAAGAAAAGUCAAUUAGCCGUGCAAAGAAGAAAUGCAGAUCGCCUGUUUAACCAACCAUCAACUACGACGGCCGCUCACAGGGGAUUGGCUGCUGGGCGGAAGGGGGUGGAGUCGUUUUAUUCGUGUCCAUUGGGAGCGAGUCGCUCGUUUUGUCGGUAAUUAGAGCAAGUGUUAAGAAAUGCCGAACACCCUGUGAGAAUUGUUCGUGUUGAAGUGUUCACAUAAAACAGACAUAAACAUCAAACCUUAACCGAGUUCACCGGCUCUGCUGUUAGCGAUAAAUAUACAAAGACUUCUUGCCUUUCGUCCUUCGUCUGCCUUCUCUUAACAAAUUGCAGAAUUCAUUGGAAGAAGCGGUCUGUUAUGCAUCUCUCCGCACGGAUCUUUCCCACUAGAAGGAAGACGCUAGAUGAGUUCGUUAGUCUAAAUAAUCUGAUUUGUGUGAAUUUGGAAUUGAUAUGAGGGACUUGUCUUAGUAGACCACACCACUAAAAACAAUGAUUUUGUAUUUUGUAAGAUAAACUUAACUGCAACAUAAAUAUCUAUAUUUUUCCUAUGACCUUUUAUCAAUUGAUAUGAGAUAUCGACAUUGACGGAUCAUGGAAAUUCUUUUCUUGUCAUAACUGUGUGUCCGACUCUAUUAGGAACCAAAUAUCGAAAGGGGCUCCACACGCAAUGUUUUCCCCUUUCGUAUGGGUGGGAAAAGUAAACGUUUGUUUGAAUAGGCCUUAUACUGUACACAAUACUAAUAUCUCCUGGAAGUGCUUCAAAUUCAGCCUUUCGAUGGGGGAAAUAAAGUGUAGUUUUAUUUCA